AGCCGGCGGAGCAGAGCGGCGGCAGGAGCGACGGUGGGCGGGGAGAGAGGAAGUGCGGUCGACAGGAGAGGAAUUUAAAGUCCCAUUGUUCUGGAAGAGCGGAGGCAGAGAGAGCCAAGGAGCCAAGGAGUCGAACCACUGGACAGCAUGGACAUGAGCUCAGCCAUGGAGAAGAUGUCUGUAAAGCAGAGUGCAGGAGGUGCAGGUGUAUAUGACGGGAGCUGCUCUGGAUUCCAGCCACAUUCCUGGAGGAAAGCCUGCACAGCCUGCGGGUGCAGCACGGUCGACCACGCUCCUGGGAGUGACGCCGAAGAUGACCAGCGCAUGGGACGCCUGCUUGCAGACUCACCCUGCUCCCAUUUGACAGCGAAGGUUAAAGGAGGCGGCGGCCUUCGCAUGUACAAAAGGAAUCGUAUGAUCGUGACUAAUCCGGUGGUGUCCCGUAAAGACCCGACCUUCAACACCACAACAUACGACUGGGCGCCGGCCGGCCUCAACCAGACACUGGCCAUGCAGUACAUGGAGCUCAUCCCGGAGAGUCAGCGUCCUGUCUCUGGGACAAAUGGAGCGUUGGAGCGCCGCAGGCAGCUCUUCAGUCAGCUCCCAGUCUACGAUCAGGACCCCAUGAAGUGUCAGAGCCUGACCAGUGAGGAGGAGAUCUCCUCCAUGCUGCUGUUUGUGAAGCACUACAAACAGGAGGUGCUGGGAGUCGGGGAGGUGGCCUUACCUGGUGAGGGCGGAGCUCUGAAGGAAGCAGCCAUUCAGAGGACAGCGAAGGAGGCCAAGGACCGCAGCAACAGCAGUAAGAAGGAUGCUGUGGAGCACCAGGACCACGGCUCAACCAAUCGCAGCACUGCCUCUGCUGCUGGCUCCACUAAUGGAACAAAUGACAGCACUAAGACAGAAUAUCGGUGUACUGGUUGCCAAGGUGAGGUUCGCAAGGAGAAUCCAGUUGUUUAUGCUGAGCAUGCUGGUUACCAUAGCGCCCUGUGGCAUCCCACCUGCUUCACCUGUUCGGAGUGUGGCCAGGGAUUGGUGGACCUGGUCUACUUUUGGUCCAAUCAGAAGUUAUUCUGCGGAAGGCAUUACUGUCAGACGGUCUGGCCGCGAUGCUCAGGCUGUGAUGAGUUGAUCUUCUGCCAGUCUUUUCACUCAGCAAAAGACGGUCGGACGUGGCAUCAACAUCAUUACUGCUGCUGGAAGUGUGGGCAAAACCUGGAUACACCGUGUCAGCACUGAGACACUCAUGCACCAUGUACAAUUCAACACAAUAUGGUUUUUAAGAAGUGCAGAGACAGUGAAGAAGCACUGAAUAAAAAUGAAAAUGUGAGACAAGACAAAUGAUAUUAAGUCAGUAAAUCUAAUAUCAGCCGUGGAUGGUUGGUUAGCUUGUUUUAUAUAAAACAAAAGAAGCACCAAAUAAAUGUUACCAAAUAAGUAGUACUUAAAAACUUUAAAUUAUAUGUUCAGUUGACCUAUUUAGUAUUUAAAAUACUGUAUCUUACAAAGAAAAAACGUCCAGUUGAUGUAUUGAUGUUUAAAACACUUAAGUCAUCUAGCUGACAUUGAAGUACUCAAAGACUUGUUCAGUUGAGCCUACUGGUGUUUCAAGUACUUAAGGAAAUGUUUAGUUGACACACAAGUGUUUAAAGUACUUAAAGAAACAUUUGGUUGAUUUAUUAGCACUUAAAGUACUGACAGUGACCGGAGCCAGAUGUGAUGGUUUCAGUCUGCAGUGUUUCAGAUACAAACAGCAGCUCAUAGGAUGGAGAAUCAGACCUGACAGUUUAAGAAACAAAGGAGUAAAUGAACAUAUAAAAUGAGAAAUAACUCUAGAAGUGAACGUAGAUAAAAGAUAAUAAAACCACUGACAAAUACAUGUGACAAAACAAUCUCAACUCAAGGUCCUUGAGCCUUCCAGCAGGUUCCAGAGCUUUCAACCAGUCUUGUUGUUUUCAAGUUGAGCUUGAGCGUUCAUUCUUGUCCUUGGAAAGGGCAGUUUGACAAAGCAGUCUCAACUCAUGGUCCACUUACAAGCUUGGGAGCUUUCAGCUGCAUCGCACCGUCUUCAUCAUCAGGACAAGUUUUAACAUCUACGUCAUGAACUUUAACAGUUCUGUGACAACCAAGCGAGCGCCAUCUAACGUUACAAAUGAACUCUCGAGCUCAGUAAUUAGAUUUUUUUUUCGUCCUGAGCAAAGUAAAAAAAGAGUUUCUCAGUUUUCCAUGUUUCCGUGUUGAGUGACUUGAGUGAAAUACUGUACUGUAUAUCAUAACUUCUGUAUGAUGUAAUUGGAGCUUUCUUCAUGCUUUUGAAAAUAGCUAGAAAGUAAAGUAUAAAUUCAAAUUCCCACACUGCGACCUGACUUCUGUUAACCUGCUGGGAAUUAGAAAAUAUUGGUAACCAAAAGGUUGAAGGACGAGAAAAAGUCAAGAAAACCUGAUUUACUUUGAAGGUGCACACUGCAAAAAAAUCUAUUUCUUAAUCUAUAGAUAUAUACUUAUCUGGGAAGACUUAAUUAAAUAUGUCUACAAUUUGAAUUCAUUCCAAGCAUGUCAGUUUUGAAUGUGUGCAGAAUUCACUUUCCAACAUUUAUUUCAGGCAGAAAUAAUCUAAUUGUUUGAUUUAAAUCUAAGUGAACUGGACAGGCAGAAGACUGGAAAAGGCAUAUAACUAAUUAGUGAUUAAAAGUGCUCUGCUGGAUUUAUUAUUGUUUUUUUUUUUUUCCUCUGGCAAAUUUUACACUAAAUUUAUGCCUUUUAAGACCUGCCAUUGAAGUUGGGUUGUGUUUGUCAAUUGUACAGAUAGAAAAUAUGAAUUUUACUUAACCAUCACGAUGUCAUUUUCCUCUCUGUCCUCUCUGCUUGGUGUGUUAUUUCAGUCAAACUGCUGAUCCAUUUCGCAUUUAACCUCUUUCAUGAACAUGGGUCUCAGCUGCUGCUAAACACUGCUUUAUGCUAGCUUUAUUCCUGAUAAAGUUUUGCAACACCUUUUUGGCUGCAUUUUUGUGGCCACAAAAUUAGUAUGUUUGAUUUGUGCUAAAAUCCCUAUCCCUAAAAUCUACAUUAGACAGAAGCUAAAGCUUGGCUUUUCAUUCUAUGAAAUGAAAUGAAUCAAUGGCAAAACGCUAAUGUUUAAUCCAGAAGCGGGGAUGACAUGCUAGCAGUUUUGUUUGGCGCCAUUUGCUAAAUAUUUCACACACAGAGAACAGUACUGUUCAAUAUGACGUUAUCUGUGACAGACAAGAUGAUACAACAGAAUGUAGCAAAUCAAAUUUAUUGAUCUCUGUGUGUCCAAUAUGCCUUGUUUAGCCUAGCUUAGCACAAAAACUGGAAGUGGUAGUCAUGCUAGCGAAGACUAGCUAAGUCAGGUAUGAAGUAUUACACCUUUGAAAUGAACCCAACCAGAUAAGAUAUUAAUCUUGCUGUGGUCCUUUGGUGUUUGUUUUUGCAUCUGCGAUUUCUUCAGGGGAAAAUUGUCACAAGUUAGAGAAAGAUUUUUCAGCUGGCAUUUGACAGCUGAUUGGUUGGAAUUAAACUGA